GGCAGAGCCACUCCGCGCUCUUUUCUUCUUCUUCUUCCAUCAUCCCCAGCUUUCAGAGAGGACCAGCAUCCCCUCCUCCUCCUCCUCCUCCUCCUCUUCUUCCUCCCCGGGCUGCGUCUCAGUCCGCCGGCGCUGCUGCACCAUCCUUAUCAAUAACAUGGAAAUACAAGGCUGUCUUUGUUUUUCCAUCUAGACGGUGGAAGUGUCACCUCACAGAGUCAAGCAUCCUUCUGCUGACGUGGAGCAGCUCUGAUGCAAGGUGCAGAGAGGACGGGGGCUACAAUGAGUGAAGAGCCAGCGGUCACCCCCAGCUGGCUGACCCCUGACCCCACAGCAUGGGCCAGUGGAGGCGGGGGACCGAUGGACAACAGCACCGGCCUGGGGAUGUUUCCGUCGGACUCCCUCCCGCCCAGCCAGCUGCCCCUGCUGGUAAACCCCUGGGACAUUGUGCUGUGCUCGUCGGGGACUCUGAUCGCCUGCGAGAACGCCCUGGUGGUGCUGGUGAUCUGGCAGAAUCCGGCGCUCCGAGCUCCCAUGUUCCUGCUGAUCGGCAGCCUGGCGCUGGCCGACCUGCUGGCCGGCCUCGGCCUCGUGCUUCACUUCACCUGUGCCUACUUGCUUCAAUCCGACGCGGCCCAGUUGCUGACCGUGGGCCUGGUGGUGGCCUCCUUCUCCGCCUCCGUCUUCAGCCUGCUGGCCAUCACCAUUGACCGCUACCUGUCGCUGUACUACGCCCUCACCUACAACUCGGAGCGGACAGCGGCCUUCACCUACACCAUGCUUGUGCUGCUGUGGGGCCUCUCCCUGUGUCUGGGCCUGCUGCCGGUCACCGGGGUCAACUGCCUGGCGGAGGAAUCCACGUGCAGCGUGGUGCGGCCACUCACGAAGAACAACAUCGCUGUGCUCUCCGUCUCCUUCCUGCUGCUCUUCGGCCUCAUGCUGCAACUCUACGUCCAGAUCUGCAAGAUCGUGAUGCGCCACGCUCACCAGAUCGCCCUCCAGCACCACUUUCUUGCCGCCUCGCCCCACUACGUCACAACGCGGAAGGGCGUGUCCACGCUGGCCAUCAUCCUGGGCACCUUCGCCGCCUGCUGGAUGCCGUUCACCGUUUACUCCCUCAUCGCCGACUACACCUACCCUCCGCUCUACACCUACGCCACGCUGGUGCCCGCCACCUACAACUCCGUCAUCAACCCGGUCAUCUAUGCCUUCAGGAACCAGGAGAUCCAGAAGGCGCUGUGGCUGGUGUGCUGCGGUUGCGUGCCCGCCAGCGUGGCCCAGCGUGCACGGACCCCUAGUGACGUCUGACCCGAACAGACCCAGGUGGGAAGAGAGAGGCGCCCUGAGUCAGCUCUGCUCCUCGCCGGAUGUGACUGGUGUCCAAGAGAGCAGCAGCAGGGGAGGUCAGGGGUCGUGGCAGAGGCCUGUGGCUUCAGCUCUGGCUGGAGAUGCUACUGGCGGAGGCAGUUUUGUUAGUGAUCCACAGCCCACCUGGAGGGAAGGCGUUUCUUUUUUUUGUUACACUCACCAUAGGGUAAAGUGUCUCACUGUCUUCCCCAGUUAUAGGUGGCCACUGCUCAGGCAGCAUCCCAGCAUCCCUCCUGUCCAACCCCAUGCCACGCCCUUCCUCUGUUCCGCAGAGAGUGCAUCACAUGUUAUACACAAUGUGCAUCUCCUUAACAGCACUGGAGCUUUGGGUUGACACGUGCUUGUUUUUUUUCUUCAAAUAGGGAGGGAGUAUUAGAUUGCGCCCCUGUGCGUCCGUGCGUAAAAGCGCACAGCAGAUUAAUGUGUGUGUGAGGAGAGGAGAGGAGAGUAGAGGAGAGGAGAGAGAGAUGAGAGCGGCUCAAUAUACACAGGCAUUUCCACAUAAAGCUCGUCUGGAGCAGCAUCCCGGCGCUCUGCUGCUGCACUCUGAACGUGCGUCGAAAGCUAAACAGCCGCGGAGAGCUAAAAAUAGACCCGGAGCUCUCUGAUCCGCGCCCUGCGUCCUCCACAGACGCCGAGGAAGAAACCAAGCCCUGUGUUUCUUCAUCUUCUCCUCCUGGCCGCUCCAAAUGUUAUCAGUCUUCUUCUUUUCUCUCUGGAUUGUGCGUGACUGUGUCUUAGUUCGUCUGGGAGGCUCAAGACAAAGCCCCAGGAGACCCCAUCAUUAAACCCUCCUCCAAUUUUUAGCACCAAACCCAAUAUGGGAUUAUGUAACCACCUUAAAUCCCUCCUCUCUCACUUUAUGAAUGGAGAUUGCUUAUGACUUUUUGAAUGUCUGGAGAUUGUUAUAUAAUGUUAAUAUUAAUUAAUAGAGAAAACCCCACAAAUUUGAAUGAUAAUUUGAAUUUUUUAACAAAUAUCAAAUGGAUUAUCCCUAAUUAGGAUAUUAAAUUAACAUGCCUACGGUCAGAUCACUACAAACCUGUAGAGAAAAGCCCCAAAAUGAUAUGAUUUUUGUGUGGAAAUCUGCGAAAUCUGAAUGUAUUUCCAUUUAUUUAAUAUUUUUAUGGGCUUAACACCAACCGCAUAUCUGAUCUGCAUGCUAGACUUCGGUGUAAUUUGCAUGCAGCAAGCACAGAUGCCCUGUUUUCCCCUCAGUGCGAGUUCAGUGUGGUAGGUCACGCUGGCCACUGCAGGCCAUGUGUCAUGGUACCCUGAUGUCAUCAUGACCCUGAUAGUUUUGUUUAUGUACACAGUGUACCUCACAGAGUAUCACAUUGAAUGAGCUACAAUCAUCACUUGAUGGUCACAAGAGUUGCACCCUUUUUUGGAAAAAUGUGGAAUUUUUUAAAGAUAUAUUUGCUGUAUUAGUGCGGAGAAGUUUAGAGGCUAAGUGUGAUUCAACGGAAAGCCCAAAUCACAACCACCUACCAGCUGCUCUGAGUUAGAUCUCCAUUAUUUCAAAAUGAGUUUGCAAACCCGACAAAGCAUGCACGCUAAUUCCUCAUAUCUUGUCAGCAAUAACUAGCCUCUGAAUGGUAGUUAUUAUAAUUUUUUUAGAUGUGAAGCAAUACUCAGACAGCAAUAACAUCCACGUCCCACCGCGACUUCCUUCUUCCUGCAGCGUGAAGCACCAUAACGGCCGCUCGGGUGGGGAUGUGUUGUAGUGAAUGGGCUCAGUGGGCUACAAGUGAUGCUUCAUCUUCAAAUAGGUGGGGGGAUAAUCACUCCUGGGCUCAUUUGUCACGGUGACACCACUGCCUCAUUCCUCCGCAAUGAUUUAUUUUCUUCCAAAACCCAAAAUCGGGCUUUGAUUCUCUGUCACACCAGGAUGAGAUUGAUUUUGUUGUUGUUGUUGCCUCUGCCUUUUGUGAGCAUAUGAACUGUCCUGAGUGUCGUAACCUCAAGUGUCAGUGUGUGAUCUGGGUGUUUUCGUGCGUACGGUAUGAGUUGCAUGGCCUCUGGGUGUGUGUGUGUGUGUGUGUGAUCCAGCAGCUCAGCAGACCAUAAUCUGUCUCCUUGUGAUGGGGGUGGGGGUAAAACAGGUCCUGUUGACCCCCCCUGACCUUAGAGGAGGAUAAAUGCUGCCAGUCUUCCUGUCAAUUCUGAGAGAAGUGGCCUCGUUCCGUGUUUGUAGAGCUUUUUUGACGAGAGAGAUGGGACUAGGAGGACGUGGAAGCUCCAGCUCUUCAAGCCAAAGUGAAAGGGACUCUGAACGAACUGGGAUCCUAGUCCUGCUGUGUGUUUUCUGUCUCCUCUAUAUCACUAAUAUUUAAAUCAAUCCAGUCUGGUUGAGGCAGGCGUCCGCUAAGUGACCUCUGAAUGAUUCUAUGAGCUAAAAAUGGUCACUUCCAAAUACAAAGAUAAUGCUUCUUCUUCUUCUUUCCUUCCUUGCUGCGUCCCCUGAUAAGAGGCAUUUGAAGAGCUCCCAAACGUCAUCUUUCUGGCCUCCGAUCAGAUGCAAAGGGUUAAAUAAAAGGGGGGAUGAGUAAGGAAAGCAGAGGAAUAGUAUUUUCCGAGCAUUGGAACGUGAACUUGUGCACAGUGUCAGACUGAAUCCUGUCGUUAUUCCGAUGAGCACCAACAGAUCAGGCUGGCACAUCACCACCCAUCACAAACUCUUAUUCCUUUACCUUUGGAGAAAAAAAAGUCUAUUUUGUUAUAUUCAUUGAAAAGUUCUAUUUUUUUCCACUUUAGUCUGGCCUGAAUUCUUUCAGAUUUUCUGAUGUUGUUCGAUAUAAACGGCGCUGUAAAGCCUUUUUUUCUGAAUGUAGUAAUAAUCACAUUGUUUAACUGAUACCCCCCUCCUCUGGACUCAUUUGUUUCUGUAAAUACGGCAUGCUGGAGAGGAGGGGCUUUAUACCACCGUGCAUGGUGCUACCAAAGCCAGUCAAACUACGGGAUGAAUUGGGUUGCACCAUUUCUUUUGAAUGACGCGUCUCCACCUCGGAUGUUAAUGUAGAAUUUCUUGUUAGGCUUCAAUAUGCACCAGUUUAAAGGAUAACUGACUGGCUACACAGAUGGGGGGGGGAUGCUUGAGAAAACACGACUUUCUCUGAUUGGUGAAUGUUUUUCUCUUGUUGUUGAGAUUUUCACGAUUGAGCAGGUGUGAACAAGGGCUUUGUAUCCAAGAAUAGCAAAAGACUGUGAUGUUGGAUGUAAUACUUCUCUGUAUACACACACCUGUUCAUCUAUUGAAUUGUUUCACGGUGUAAUAGUACACAAAGCAACUGGGGUUUUUGAGAAAAUGUGUAGCCAGCGGGAGGAUUACUGAUGGUUACUAAUCUAGAGCUAAAUAUCAAAACACUCAAGGGCCUGUGAAUGUGUGUGUGUGUUUUGUGGGUGGGGGGGGAGGGUUGGAGAUGGGAGGACGCCACAGUUAACAGCAUCUUGUGUAGACGUAUGCGUAGUUUUCAAUGUGAAAUGCACUUUAUUUUGUGGGAUGAAAACGGCACAACAAAUUAAGUAUCUGCAAAAUGAAACGUAUAAGGAUAAUCAACAUGCACUAACUUAACUGAGAUAUUGUUAAAAAAAAAAAAAAGAAACAUUUGUGUGAACGUGGUGUCUAUUUUUCCAAGGUGUUAGUUGUACUUUUUAUUGCUUUGGUUAGCUCACUCAAUUGAGAGGAUCUUGUUAAUUUUGUAUUAAAAACCAAACAUGUGCUGUGCAUAAAAA